AUGCCAGUGAAGAAGGAGAUAGCAGAAGAAGAAUUUGAUGAUUUCCUGCAAGAGUAUUUGCUCAACACAGACAUGGAGGAAAGCCCCGGACUGGGACAUGGCUGUAAGAUGGAUACAUCACCAAUCAAAGAGUCACCAAUGGAAAUGAAAGUGGAAGAAGAAUCUGAUCUCAGAGAAUAUGGUCACCACGGAUCUUCUCCUACAAAAAGUCUGAAGACACAUCAGAGAACACAUACGGGAGAAAAGCCAUAUCAUUGUUCAGAUUGUGAAAAGACUUUUACCCGGGCAGAUCAUUUGAAGACACAUCAGAGAACACAUACUGGAGUAAAGCCAUAUCAUUGUUCACAUUGUGGAAAGACUUUUACUCAGGCAGGUAAUCUCAAGACCCAUCUGAUGAUCCAUACUGAAGUUAAGCCAUAUCAGUGUUCAGAUUGUGGAAAGAAUUUUACUCAGGCAGCUCAUCUCAAGACACAUCAGAUGAUCCAUACUGGAGAAAAGCCAUAUCAGUGUUCAGAUUAUUGUGGAAAGACUUUUGCUCAGGCAGGUAAUCUUAAGAAACAUAUGAUGAUCCAUACUGGAGAAAAGCCAUAUCAGUGUGCUACAUGUGGGAAGGGUUUCAUAACCAAGAGAGGGCUUACUCUCCAUCAGAUGAUCCAUACUGGAGAAAAGCCAUAUCAGUGUUCAGAUUGUGGAAAGACUUUUGCUCACUCAGUUCAUCUUAAGAGACAUCUGAUGAUCCAUACUGGGGAAAAGCCAUAUCAUUGUUCUACAUGUUUGAAACGUUUCAGAACCAGCAAAGAUCGCACUGUCCAUCAGAGAACACAUACGGGAGAAAAGCCAUAUCAUUGUUCAGAUUGUGGAAAGACUUUUACCCGGGCAGAUCAUUUGAAGACACAUCAGAGAACACAUACUGGAUUGACACAUCUGAUGGUCCUCAGGUGA